AUGAAAUCUCCCAUACAAGGAAGACCGCUAUGCCUCCACACUUCCUCUAGCGAUGCUGCCGUUGGGGCCCUCCUUUCCCAAGAGGAUGAUGAAGGGAUCGAACACCCUAUAUACUACUUCAGUCGUACUUUGAGGAAUGCUAAACUCAGACACCCCAAAGCAGAAAAAUCAUGUUUAACCCUAGUUCACGCUGUGCAGAAAUUCAGACAUUAUCUACUGUCGAACAAAGUGGUGUUAAUAUCUAGAGCUGACCCUAUCAAGUUCUUACUCUCAAAACCGGCCUUGAUAGGAAAAACGGACAAAUGUCUGAUCCAAACGUCAGAGUUUGAUAUAACGUGCGCUCCUCCAAAAGCUAUCAAAGGGCAAGCAGAUCUGCUAGCGGCAUUACCAGGAGAAGGAACUACUGCACUGCAUGAAGACCUUCCUGGGGAAUUUUCAGAAAUCUCUUUUGUCAAAGAGGAGGCAUGGCUAUUAUAUAUCGACGGUUCUUCUACUCCUAGUAGUAAUAAUGGAGGAGCGGGUAUAGUUCUAGUGUCUCCAACGGGCGAAGUAUUUUCACAUUCUUUCAAAAUGUACUUUUGGUGCACCAACAAUUCGGUAGAAUACGAAGCUUUAUUCAUAGGAUUGUCACUAUCCAAACAAACAGGAGCCACACACCUGGAAGUAAGAGGCGACUCUAAAUUACUGGUCAAUCAGAUGAAUGGAGUAUACUCACUCAAAGAGGUGACACUGGCCCAUUAUAGAUCCGAGGCGCAAAAUCUAUUGAACUACUUUGCUGAUGCGACCAUAACCCAUAUUGGCUGUAAUAAAAACAAACACGCCGAUUUCCUAGCCACAUUAUCCUCGAAGCUGCAAUUCGAAGGCUUGGAAGAAACUUUGAUCCUAAGGAGACGGACUGUGGCGUCAACAUGGCUCUCACAAUCCAAAUAUUCCGAAGCCAACGACUGGAGAACUCCAAUUGUUCAAGAGCUAAACAGUUCGCUCUCCCAAGGAAAGGUCAGUCUCAAAACCCUGCAAAGCUUUUUCAUGCUUCAUGGAGUGUUAUACCACCAGAAUCCAGAUGGAUCUCUGUCAAGAUGUCUCGGAGACGAGGAAGUACAACUACAACUUAACCGUAUCCACGACGAGAUCUAUGGACAGAUGUUGGUAGUGACUCUUUACCGACGUCUUCAACUCCUUGGCUACUACUGGCCGGAUAUGGAGACUUAA